AUGAAGUAAUAGGUCCCACCGGCACCUAAUUUCUGAAAUAUGGAAUUGCAGCAUCUUUUCUCGAUCUGUGACUUGAAAUGAGUGGAGACCUCUUCAGCACUCCAAGGUUCAUCUGCGAACUUCAAACCUCAACUUCUUUUCAAUUUGUCCUGCGACAGUUUUAGAAACGACUUAAUUAAUCAGCUUUCAUGGAGCUGUCAUGGAAACUAUGUAAGGAUGCAGGCAAGUUCAACUUGGACGGCAAGUGCUCGUCGGCCAAUAUGGCCAUCCAUCCGGUCCUCCUGUUGAUCAUUGCACGGCGGUGCUCUGAAUAAUCUCUCGUGUUUAAAGGAUUUUACCCUUGUCGUUGAAAAAAAAAACAAAAAAACCAAACAAACAAAAACGCAGCGCAGCUCCUCACCCUUUUCCGACCACGUCGACCGGCACCACAUGCAAGUCCUAUCUUCGUCAGAUGGCAGCUACACUAGCUAUUUCUUCCGCUUCCGUUUGGUCGCCGUCGCACCGGAAUUGACUGGUCUCUUCUCCGGCGUCUCUUCAACAGUUUGCAGAUUGCACCCUUACAACGAUCCUAGUUCUCCGGUGGUCGACCCGUUGGCGCGCAACAAGUGGACAGCUAGCACUGGAGAUUUUUAUAACUAACCUUAACUUUCUAAAUCUGAGGACAAAAUCAAGAAUAUAAUGGAGGAAAAGACAAUGGUCAAGGUGAUGUCGUGGAUAAGAGACAAGAGGAACGCGGCAUUUUAAGUACGUAAACCGGCCCUACGUACUACCACCGUGGCAAGUCUAGGUAUAAAAGUUGUCACCGCAGCAAGGAUUUCCCAUUUUCACUUUCGGGGUCUGAAGCAGCAUCAGUUGCAUUCAUAUCGGUGUUCUUUGUCUGGAGAUCGAGGAGACUACAACACCGGUUCACAGAAGGAUGAGUCACUCAAGUAGAUUGCCUUACCCAUGCAAUGACUUGGAGACCGGUCUGAAGGACGUUGAUGUUGAGCGCAUGAACCGUUAUUGGGUGAAUAUUCCAAACAGGCCUGGUUUCCGUUAUACACUUGAUAUAACAGCUAGCUUAAGCUUUCAGCAAGCGAAACUAUAUCUGAAAGCAUCAUAUCGAUUCCGCCACACACUAGUCCUGAAAAGGGCAGAAGAAAAGAAGCAGGCAGCACGGAAACAACUUAGAGCAUAUACCCAAGCCCUACGAGCUGCGGAUAUCUUCAAAAAAUUUGCAGAUCAAGUGAAAGGGCCUGGUGAUGAUUUUCCAAUUGAACCAGAGACACUUGCUAGUUUGACGAGGAAUAGUGAUGUUGAUGCUCUGCAGCGAUAUGGGGGGAAAGAAGGCUUGGCAGAUUUACUGAAAACAAAUUUAGACAAGGGAAUUGAUGGGGGUGAUUUACAAAAGCGGAGAGAUAAAUUUGGAUCAAACAAAAAUCCUCCAAAAACAGCAACGAGCCACUGGAUAUGUCUUUGGAAAGCUCUGUACGAUUUCACUCGGAUCGUUUUGGUGAAUGCUUUUGUGGGUUCUGUUGUGAUGGGUAUUAUGGAAGAGACUAAAAAGGUGGGAUGGCACGAUGUAUUCAGCGUUGCUAUUGCAGCUGCCAUGUUCAUUUUUAUCACAGUCUUAUCUAACUAUACUCAAGCUCGUCUUCAGAAUAUGAUCAUUAUCAGGGAGAAAAUGAGAUACAGAGAAUUGAAGGUUAUUAGAGCUGAUCGACAAGUUCCGGUUUCUAUUUGUGAGAUUGUUGUUGGUGAUGUUAUACCCCUUGAGUCUGGUGAUGAGGUCCCUGCUGAUGGCAUUUUAAUCCGUGGUUGCUCAUCACUUGCAAUUGAUAAGUCCAGAUUCACUGGAGAGAGCAUGACUUUUGACGAGGAUUCAAGGAAACCAUUUCUACAGUCUGGCUGGAAAGUAACACAGGGCAGUGCUACUAUGCUGGUAACUGGGGUAGGGAAAUUUACUGAAUUGGGAAGGCUCAGGGCUAGCGCCGAUUCAAAAGACACGGAGAAACGGAAGAAUAAAACCCACUUGCAGGUGCUUUUAAAGGAGGUUGCUACCUUCAUGGGUGCUGUCGGAUUCAUGGUUGCUGCCAUUGUUGCAUAUGUUGUUUGGAUCAGAGGCUUCUUUACUGGUGAUAGUUCAAAUGGAAGUCGUGAACCUGGAAGUACACUUGAAGAAGUCAUUCGAAUUAGUAUUAUUGCAGUCGCCAUUUUUGUCGUUUCAUUACCUGAAGUGCUUCCUUUAGCUUUCAACAUAAGCCGUCUCAGCUCAAUGAAAAAGAUGAAGGCAGACAACAUCUCGGUGCGGAGGCCAGCUGUAUGUGAAACCAUGGCCUUAUGCACUGAUGUAGUCUGUGACAUGACUGGAAUUACUUUGGACAACGUGGAUGAUGUUCAAGCGGGGAUCAAGGAAAUACAAAGAACUGGCAUUAAGGUACGCCUUGUUACGCAUGACGAUCCUCAAACUGCAAAAGCAAUUGCUAUGGAAUGUGGCAUACUUGCUUCUGAUGGGUCAGAUGCUAGUGAGGUAAUUUUUGAAGGAGAAGUGUUCCGACAACUUCGAGAGAGAAGAAUUAGCAGAGAAGAUUUUGGUAAUGCGACUGUCUACCCCCGAUGACAAACUUUUGCUUGUGCAAGCACUGCGGAAAAGAGGAAAGGUUGUUGCUGUCACUGGAUCUGUCAGUAGUGAUGCUCGUGCACUACAAGAGGCCGACGUUGGUCUUGCUAUGGGUGAACAAGCGACUGAAGUUGUUAAAGAGAGUUCAGAUAUCAUAAUCUUGGAUGGCAAUUUCGCUACUGUAGCCAAG